AGCCAUCGGGGCCGCACACAAGCCACCGGGGAGACGAGCGAAGCAGAAUAGCGUAACCCAGGCAUCCAAGAGAAGAGAGAGACGAAAGAGCGAUGUCUUGUGCUUGCGGAGUGAAGGCCAUCCGUCUACAGGUCCAGCUUCACACAUGUUCCUUGCGCCCUCCUCGUGCCCCACCAUCCCAGAUGCUCUCUGCUCUGACUCCCUCCCUCCCUUCCAUGCCCAAGCUUCUCUUCCCCUACAAACCCCAACCCAGACCCACACUCGCAACCGCGCCCCUUCGUUGCUUCUCUGCGUUAACUCCUGAACUCAAGUCCACCUUGGAUAAAGUCAUUACUUCAAAUAAAGUGGUUCUAUUUAUGAAAGGGACUAAAGAGUUGCCGCAGUGCGGAUUUUCGAGCACAGUGGUCCAAAUAUUGAAAUCUUUCAAUGUGCCUUUUGAGACUAUAAAUGUCCUGGAAAAUGACUUGUUACGCCAAGCUCUGAAGGAGUAUUCCAGCUGGCCAACCUUUCCUCAGCUAUACUUAGAUGGAGAGUUCUUUGGUGGCUGUGAUAUCACUGUAGAGGCAUAUCAGAGCGGAGAAUUGCAGGAACUGCUGGAGAAGACGAUGUGCUCCUGAAGCAUCCUUUAGCAAUUCAUUCAUGCUGGCUGCCUAUUGCGAUUACUGCACCGCAAUCAUCCUUGGUAUUUGGGUGCAAACCGGUCAAGGUGGCUGAUGAGAAUCAAGAAUAUCUCACCGAAUCAACUAUUGUUGCUUUGUAUUGUGUCCACGACCUUUGUUCAGUUCAAUCAUUUUUACCUCCCUCGCUUUGUACAGCCUUUCAAGUGUGCCAUGUGUUUUCAGUUCAGUAAAGCAGUCUGCUUUGUUGUCCGCAUCUUUUAUCUUAAUAUUUUCCUUUUAUUUCUAUGAACCCAGAUUUUUUUGGAAUGUUUUAUAAGUAACUUUUCAAUAAUGAUUUAUGAAAUAUAAGUUAAGUAUGUAAGAAUUUUGUCUUGAUUCAUGUUAGAUGUGCUUAUUGAUACUUAUGAUUGUGAUUCAAAGAGGCGCUAAUUCAACUGCACAAUUCAACGU